AUGAAAGGCAUGUGCUAUUUUACCAAUGUGGUCCUGUUCUUCAUAGCCAGUGGAUCAAGUGGAUGGCUCAUCCAUAACGCGACAGAUUCCACUUCAUUAGCCAAUUUCACCGACAUGAACUCAAUGUUAAACGCGCAGGUGUCUGCGCUCACCCCCAAGUCUAGACGGAAACGCUGGAUUUCACAAAGCGACAUGCUUGCCAUCCUUGACUAUCACAAUAAAGUCCGAGCAAACGUCUUUCCACCUGCUGCAAAUAUGGAGUAUAUGGUGUGGGAUGAAGGCCUUGCCAGAUCUGCUGAAGCCUGGGCAGCCACGUGUCUCUGGGAACAUGGACCACCAUUUCUACUGAGAUACCUGGGACAGAACCUGUCGGUCAGAACAGGGGGAUAUCGCUCCAUUCUGCAGCUGGUCAAACCUUGGUAUGACGAAGUCAAUGAUUACAUGUUUCCAUACCCUCGUGACUGCAACCCCAGGUGUCCUAUGAGGUGCUCUGCACCGAUGUGUACACAUUACACUCAGAUGGUGUGGGCUACAACGAACAGAGUUGGGUGUGCAGUUCAAACGUGCUAUAACAUGGUUGUCUGGGGAGCCAUGUGGAGACAAGCAACAUACCUGGUCUGUAAUUAUUCCCCAAAGGGGAACUGGGUAGGAGAACCUCCCUACAGAGUUGGCAUCCCAUGUUCAGCAUGCCCACCAAGCUACGGAGGCUCAUGUAGUAACAACCUAUGUUUCCCUGCAAUAACGUCCAACUACAUGUACUGGUUCAAGUAA